AUGGCAUCCGAUGAAGGCAAGCUUUUUAUUGGAGGGCUGAGUUUUGACACCAACAAGCAGUCGCUGGAGCAGGUCUUCUCCAAAUAUGGCCAGAUCAGCCGGAAAACUCAGCGGACUGAAAUCGCUGAAGUGGUGAAAGACAGGGAGACCCAGCGAUCGAGGGGCUUUGGGUUUGUCACCUUGAAAAACGUUGACGAUGUCAAGGAUGCCAUGAUAGCUGUGAAUGGGAAGUCAGUGGACGGGCGACAGAUCCGUGUUGACCAGGCUGGGAAGUCUUCCGACAACCCAUCCCGAGGGUACCGAGGUGGCUCUGCUGCAGGUCGGGGUUCCUUCCGAGGGGGCCGGGGCCGUGGGUUCUCCAGAGGGGGAGGGGACCGAGGCUAUGGUGGUGGCCGCUUUGAGUCCCGCAGUGGGGGGUAUGGUGGCUCCAGAGACCGAUACAGCAGCCGGAGUCGGGGUGACGGCUACGGUGAGCGGAGCUCAGGGGGGUCCCACAGAGACAGCUACGCUACACACAACGAGUAA